GCAGGAUGUUUGGCGCUCAAGCGUUGAUUGGGAUGAACCAGUACAUAUUGAAGAAUUGAAGAAGUGGAUGAUAUGGAUAAAACUUCUACCACAAAUCGAACAAGUAAAAAUAACCCGAUGCUAUUCGCAGCAAUAUUCCAUCAAUGAUGCUGAAGAUGUUCAACUACAUACAUUCGUAGAUGCUGGAGGGAGCGGAAUGGCGGCCAUUGUCUUUCUGAGAGUCGUUCAUGGACAAAACGUUCGCUGUUCUAUCGUAACAUCAAAAACAAAGGUGGCACCAUUGAAACUAACGUCAGUCCCGAGAAUGGAGUUGCAAGCAGCUCUUAUUGGAGCUCGACUAGCAAGCACAGUUGAAAAGGCUUUAAAGAUCAAAAUAUCUCGUAAAAUUUUCUGGAGUGAUUCAAGAGACGUAUUAUGUUGGAUUAAUUCCGAUCACCGCCGAUAUAGUCUUUUCGUUGGCUUCCGCGUAACUGAGAUCCUUGAGUUGUCGGAAAGUAAGGAAUGGCGAUAUAUACCCAGCAAGCAAAAUGUAGCCGAUGAUGCUACAAAAUGGACUCACCCGCCAAAUCUAUCUAAUGAUAGUCGAUGGUUCAAGGGACCUGAUUUCUUAUAUGAAGACGAACAUGAAUGGCCUUAUGCUGAUAAUGUAAAUAACUCAACAGAUAAUGAACUAAAAGCUAAUGUGUUAGUUCAUACGGUUUCUGCCACACCAACCAUACAUGUAGAGAAAUAUUCUAGCUGGCGGCAAAUAACAAAAGUGGUGGGAUGGAUUAAGCGAUUUGUACAUAAUAUUCGUAACAGAGUACAUGUCAAUCGAGGGCCAUUGCGAACGAGGGAAUUAGGCGAGGCGGAAAAUUAUAUUAUACAAUUAGCGCAGAGAGAAUGCUACGGCAUGGAGUAUAAUGAACUUAAACGAUUCACAACAUCCGAAAAUAGUGAUACACUAAAACUCCCAAAAACAAGCGCAUUAUAUAAACUCUCUCCUUGGCUUGAUCGAGAAGGAGUUAUAAGAAUGAAAUCCCGAGUAGCAGCAUGUCAUUACGCCACAGAAGAUGCAAAAUUUCCUAUUAUUUUGCCUAACAGACAUUACGUUACAAAACUAAUAGUUUUACACUACCACGUUAAGUACCACCAUCUCAAUGUUGAAACAGUCAUAAACGAAUUGCGUCAAAAGUAUUGCAUUAGUCGGCUCCGCCCAUUGUUCAACAACGUACGUAGGAAUUGCCAACAUUGUAAAAAUGAAAAAGCAGAACCGAACCCACCGCGCAUGAGUGAUCUACCACCAGGACGUCUAGAAGUUUUUUCCAGACCAUUCACACAUACAGGCAUCGAUUACUUUGGACCCAUAGAAGUCGCAGUGGGCAGAAGUAACCAAAAGAGAUGGGUAAUGUUGGCUAUCUGUCUCACGACUAGGGCUAUACAUCUUGAGUUAGUUCAAACUCUAACAACGAGCUCUUGUAUAAUAGCUCUAAGAAAUUUCAUCUCUCGGCGUGGCCGCCCAAGAAAAUUUUACAGCGAUCGCGGAACAAACUUUAUUGGUGCACAGCGAGAACUAGCGAAGCUAGAUAAAGAAUUCAAUGAAAAGGAUAUUGCAAAAGAGUUUGUAGACGCCGAUACGGAAUGGGAGUUUAUUACACCAGCAGCACCACACAUGGGUGGCAGUUGGGAAAGGUUAAUACGCACAGUAAAGUCAAACCUUAUGGCGGCGUGUACUUCCAAGAAGUUAUCAGAUGAAAUUCUCAACAACCUUCUCAUUGAAAUUGAAAACGUAGUAAACUCAAGACCACUUACUCAUGUCUCUAUUGAUCACGAUGCUGCACCUGCCCUAACACCCAACCAUUUCUUACUAGGCUCAUCGAACGGAAGUAAACCAUUAGUGCAACUAGAUGAUCAUGGACCUAGCCAGCGACAGAACUGGAGUACUUCUCAGAUCAUAGCCAAUCAAUUUUGGAAAAGAUGGUUGAGUGACUAUCUGCCAGAGAUAACCCGACGAUCAAAGUGGUUCACUCCAGCUACUCCAAUCAAAAUUAACGAUAUCGUGCUGAUAGUUGAUCCAAAGCUGCCAAGGAACUGUUGGCCAAGAGGAAGAGUGGUAGCAAGAAAGAUUAGUGCAGACGGACAGGUCCGCUCAGCAACAGUAAAAACAUCAACUGGAGCAGUCUACGAGAGACCCGCGGUAAAACUAGCGGUGCUAGACGUUCGCAGGAAUACUGAGGAGUAAGCCAACAUACAUUGGCAUACUGGGGGGGAGUGUAACGAACGUCAAAACACGAAUGUCGUGUUAACGGUAAUUUUGAAAACGAUCCAACCUUGCAACGAUCCAACCUUGCCGUGAAUAUGAACUACAGAGAAUUGACAGAAGAGAGCGAGGAAGGAUGAGACCGAGGAAAGACGCCAAGAAAGCAAGAACGCAAAAACGAACGAAGCGGAAUUGUGAAGUUGUGGAAUUAAGUAUAAAUAAACGACAAUAAAUGUUUUUAUCCGUCGAUAAACUGGCGCGAUCAAAUUCAUAAAGUGUGAAGUAAAUUUAAUUUCAAACAACAUUCAUAUUGGGAUCACACCAAGGUGGAAUGUAUAAUGAGGUGUAGUUAUAGCGCUUUUGGCGAUCCCCCCCCUGGGCUCCGAUUUUGACAGAUGGUUUUCCGCUUGUAUAUGUAUUGAUGGAUUGUUUACGUUUUGCAUGGUCAAUAUUUGGUGGAGAUCAAUUUGGGUGAAUAUUUUAGUUUAUUAGAACACAGUCCGUGAUUUAAAAUGGAAAUUUUUCUUCGAGAACUUGAAGCGUUCGUCAAAAGCGGAAAACUAACUGUCAGUUUUCUUCGUCGAUUCUUCUUCCACCUAGCUGUCAAAACGGGCUUAUAACUUGACCUGAUAUCUUUACGGUCCUUGGAUCACACAAAAAAAUAUCAAAUAAUGACACACGUGCAUGAACAUGCUUACUAGUUUGGUUAUCGUUGUACAUAAAUGUAAUAAAAUACAUUUUAAUCAUUAUUAAGUUUAUAAUUUUCUUUCUGAUUAUUUAAAAAAACACUGAUGUUUGUUUUAAUUUAAACCGCUUUGAAAAUAGCAAUAUAUAUGAUAGAAUUAGAACUCGCUAAUUGCAUUUAUAUCAUAUGUCUACAAAAAAAAGAUAGAUUUUGUUUAUGAGAAAGACAUUUUGUAACACGACUAAUGUCUGCGUAUUUUGUCAUGUUUGUUAUUUUAUACAAUGUGGAUAAACUGACUUUUUCUCAUAUUUAUGUGAACAACUCGGAUUUUUUGUAUUCAAUUGAAAAAGCAGACUUGCAAUUGGCGAGGUUUGAAUGUAUUUGACUUCGCCACAUGGCAGCUCGCAUAUCUGUCAAGUCAGAAACGUAAACAAACACGGACAACCGCCCGUAAAGAUUGUGUGCAGAAUAAUCGUAAAAUUUUAUGUGAAAACUCGGGAAAAGGAAAAACAUCAUUUCAUCCCGAAAUUUGGCAACAUUCGUCCGAGUAUGAUCGAGCAGCUGUGUGUGUGUAUGCCGACGAAAUACGACGCCGUUUCUACAACAAUCACUAAAGCCGGCUGUGAUCGUGAUCGGCACAUUCUCAACUGGACCAACACACCGGUCGUUGUGUAUCUUCAAGCAAACCAACGUUGCCAUACACCACAAAAUAGCAUGGAAAGGAAAGUAUUAAAAAGUAAUGUCAUAUUUGAAAGCAUUCUAAUCUUUCAUUGUUAUUUUUCCACUGCAAACAGGACAUUGGAUCACCGCAUCGACAAGUGGUUUUUAUGUGCAAGUGUUGUUAAGAAGUGUGUUGUACGGUGUAUUACGUGUUUUACUUUAUUUGUAUCGCUUUGCAAGUGUUACAAUUAGUGCGUUUAAUCGUUGUAACCCAAAUAGCCAGCUCGUACUUUAUAGCUGAUUUAGGGCUGUUUAACGAAAAAUCGUUCCGAUGUCGUACUUUGUGGCUGAUUAAGAGAUAGACGGUACUUUGCGGAACUAUAGAGCUUUUUAACAGGCACAUGGUACUCUUUGGAACUUUGCGGCUGAUUAACACUAUGUGUAGGGUUAAUGAUGGAACUUUAAGGCUUGUUAAGAACGUGUACCGAACUUGGUGGAACUUUAUAGCUUUUUAAUGCAUGACAUCGGUACAAGGUGGGUCUUGUCAAAGUGUCAAAGACAGACGCCGCCAAUCAUCUCAUUGCUGCUGUACAAGUUAGAUUAGUUCUUUGAAGAAGGGAUUUUGAAGGAAGUGAUUGUUAUUGUACAGUAAAUUGUGAUACGUUUCGUGUAAUUUAUGAAUAUUAAGGAUUGAAAAAUAUACACAUGUACACAAACAAAACAAAUCCUGUUGUUUAUUUCAUCGAUGACGCUUGCUUGAAAAUAAAACACAAAGAAAAAUAAUCCCCGGCACCGUAGCUUAAGGAAGCUGCUUAGGCGCUAUUUAGAAGGACCGCCUGGAACUUUGAUGCUGUUUAUCUACUGCAAAAGGCGAAUUAGAGCAGCGAUCUUUAGCGUGACAAAAUGAGCUGCUUAAACAAUUCUGGCUAUUUGGGAAUACAGCUAACAUAAGAUUUACCCGAGCAUUAGAAGCGGCAACAAUACAUGUGCCUGACGCAGAGACAACAACGCCGUCGGCAUCCGUUGAUACCAUCCAAAGUGAUGGUUGAAAUCGUAUUUAAACGUGUAAAACCAUGUAUUGGGGCAUGUAAGUAUUGAAUAAUAGCUAAAUAAAAUACAUUUUAUCGUUGUACUGGACAA